GGUGCUUGGUGCUUGGUGCUUGGUGCUUCUUUGUGCAUCAACAUCUCGCUCUCUGCCAGCCAGCCCAAAGUCGACACCCUGCAAGGCACGCCAUCAAUCGCGUGUCGCCCCGUCGCUCUCGUCGCUGCCCUUUAUCCUCUUCAUCGUCUCGCCUCCAAUCCUCCGUCGACACGUCCGCUCAUCUUCCCGCUUUCAAAGCUUCAUGCCAUUCAACUAGUCGGGAACCAUUGCGACAAUGAGGACGCGCGCCCAGGCCGGCGCCGUCGACACGGCUCUCAUUGCUCAGGCUUUUGCAAUUGACGAGCCUCAGCUAGACUCUCUACUGGAUGCUCCUACCCAGGACUUGAUCAAGGACUUCCUGUCGACUCUCACUGCGAGAGCAAAGGACUUUGACAAUCUCAAGGCCGACAAGCUCAGGUCCGACGUUGAGCUCGAAAACACUGUCCGCGCUGGAGAGUCAAAGGUCAAGGCUCUCAAGGCCACUCUGAACAAGAACUCGCAAGAGAUCCAAGAUCUGCGCAAGUCUCUCGAUGAUCAACAAAAUGCCCGCGCCAAACUUCAGACCGAGCUUGACUCUGUCAAGUCUUCGUCGACAGACUCCAUCUCCGAGCUGGACACUCUGCGUGCCCGCGUCGCUUCCCUUGAGACGUCCAACCGUGAAACCCUCUCCGUCCUCGAAUCAAAGUCUACCGCCCACGACAACCUCGCCCAAGAACUUGCCACACAGCAUCAGAAGAUCAUCUCCUUGCGUCGCGACAUUUCAGCCUUGGAGGAGAAGAACCAGUCUUUGGAAAAUGCCGCCUCGAGCGCCAAGUUCAAGGAACAAGCUCUUCAGCAAGAAGUUGAUUUGUUGAAGCGCAACAACGAGUGGCAGGAUUCCGAACUCAAGACACGCACCGCCGAGCACACAAAAUUCCGCAAGGAGAAGAACGCCCGCAUCUCAGAGUUGCAGCACGCCAAUGAAGAUGCCAAUGCCACACUCGAUGCCUUGAAGCGUACAGAGACGACCCUCCGCCAACGUCUAGAGGAGCUUGGUCAGAAGGCCGACGAUGCCUUCGCUAAGAUUCAACAAAUGCAGGAAGGCGCCUCCAAGGCUGAGGAAACUUUCCGUGUCGAAUUGGACUGUGCCCGCCGCCUUGCCGAACUUCAGAAGCAAAGUGCAGAUACCGCCAAGGCACGCCUGCUGGACCUCCAGAACAACAUUGAGCAGAUCAAGGAGAAUGCCGCGGACGAGGUUGGACAACUUCAGGCUGAAAUUGAAACCGAACGAGCAGACCGUGAGGCUGUGGAGGCCAAGCUUGCUGAACUGGAACUCGAAGUCGAACGCCUCCAGACCGCUGCUUCUGAAGCCCAAAACGACGUGUCUGUCCUGGCUACCCCCAAACGCAACUCCAACGGCCUUGCCCCAAUGACUCCAGGACGUAGUGGAUCUCCUGCCUCGUUCACCCCUGGCUCGGCACGUAUGAAGGGCAAUAUGAGCUUUACACAACUCUACAGCGAGUAUAGCACUAUGAAGUCGGACCUCGAAGCAGAGAAGCGUAGAAACUACCUCUUGAGCAAUGAACUCGACGAGAUGAUUCGUGACCUGGAGAACAGAGGUCCCGAGCAGGAAGAGCUCCGCGAGGAGAAGGAGCGUGUUGAGGCUGAGAUCUUGGAGAUGUCCUCGAUGCUCGAUGCAGCCUCGGCCGACCGCGAUGAGGCACGCAAGGAAGCACGCAACCUCAAGGGUCAAUUCGAGGGGCUCUCUAGAGAAGGCGAUAUCCUCCGUCAGCAGCUCCGUGAUCUCAGCUCACAGAUCAAGAUCCUUCUGGUCGAGAUGCAAGCUCGUGAUCAGGGCCUCGAGGCUCUCGAUGCUACGAGUCAAAUGCAACUGCAGAUGAUCGCCAACGGCGAGCUCGACGACCAAUCUUCUGUGGCAGAAGAGACUUCUGCAGGAGCCUUGAUCAGCCAAAGACUACUGCUCUUCCGAAAUGUUCAAGAACUUCAAGAUCAGAAUGUACAGCUCCUGAAACUCAACCGCGGCCUUGCUGAUCGCAUGGAGGGCGAGGCUGCGAAAGCCAAACAAUCGGAAACCGAACAGGCCUUGCAGGAGCUAGACGACCUCCGUGAUCGUGUUCAUAGACACAAGGAUGAGAUCAAGUCGAUGACCACUCAGUGCGAGAGCAUUAUGCGCGAGCGCGAUAUGUUCAGACGCAUGCUGUCCCAUCGUGGUCAGUUGCCUGCCGGAACUGACCUGCAAGCUACCUUCGGUCGUUCCGUAGGACCUGUUCCAUCAACCCCGCCACCAGGUGGUAUGUCACGAGACGUUGAGGAGACACCUCGUGCUAAGGAGUUGUCCGACUACUCCAAGCUUCUGAAGGAAAUGCAAAACCACUUCGACGCCUACAGACAAGAGGCUGCGACUGAUCACAGCACUCUUAAACAACAAGUCGACAAACUCGCCCGCGAAAAGGGCGAACUACAAGGAGAGGUUGCUCGUACUGGCGGUCAAAUCACCCUUGCACACGAACGUUACGGCAUGCUCCAAGCCAAUUACGAUAUGCUCAAGUCAGAGAAUUCGGAACUGCAGAAGCGUUCUCAGUCUUUGCAAGAGUUGGCGGCCAAGCAAGACGCUCGUACGCAACAAGCCGCGGAAGAUCUCGUUGAGGCUCGCACCCUCGCCGACAGCAUGCGCAACGAUACGGCCAACCUCAAGGCAGAACGCGAGCUCUGGAAAAAGAUUGAGGCACGUAUGACGGAAGACAACCGCUCCCUCAUGGAUGAACGAAGUCGCCUGAACAAAAUGAUCGCGGAUCUCCAGACACUGCAGAACGAGCGAGAGCUCGACGAGUCAGAGACUCGUCGUAGGCUUCAAAACAGAGUCGAGGCGCUCGAGACCGAGAUUGAUGUGACAAAGAAGAAAUUGGAAGUUGAGGUUGAUGAGGCCAAGAAGGCCACUCUCAGAAGAGAAUACGAUCAGGAGCAGAGCAGGACGAGAAUCGACGACUUGAUCAAGAGUUUGUCUGGUGUUCGCGAAGAACUCAUUGCCGCAAAGAACCUUCAGUCUGUUCGUACAGAGUACAAUCAACUCAAGACCGAAGUCGCUUCAAUCAAGGCCGAGGCUGAGGGCGCGAAAGCCGCUUUGAGCCAAAGCGAGGAGAGUUGGGCAGAAGUGAGAGAGAGAUAUGAGCGCGAGUUGACCGAAGUCAGACUUGGCCGAGAAGAUCUGAAGGCUCAAAACAAGCUUCUUCACGAGCAGCUUGAGUCUGUCAGCGGCCAGAUUUCCGACUUGCAGCAGAAGAAGACCUCGUCUGAAGAACAGGACGACUCCGGCGAAGUUCACGGCCACGAAUUCGAGAAUCUCCAGGAGGUCAUCAAAUAUCUCCGCCGUGAGAAGGAGAUCGUGGAUGUUCAGUAUGAGCUGUCCACUCAGGAAAGCAAGAGACUGCAGCAACAGCUCGAAUACGCACAAGCACAACUUGAUGAAACGCGUCAGAAGCUUGGAGAGGAGCGUCAACAACAUGCUGAUCACGAAGCAAACACUGUCAGCCACAAUAAGCUUAUGCAAACCAUCAACGAGUUGAAUGUCUUCCGCGAAAGCAGCACCACCUUACGACAGGAGGCGAGACAAGCACAAUCACAGUUGACAGAGAAGCUUCAGGAGGUCGAAAGUCUGACCAGUCAAAUUCAGCCUCUACAGAAUCGCAUCCAGGAGGUCGAGAACGAACUUGAGACCAAGGAAGGUGAGAUGAAGCUGAUGCAAGAAGACCGUGAUCGCUGGCGGGACCGCACGCAAAACAUUAUCUCUAAAUACGACAGAGUCGAUCCCGCGGAGAUGGAGGCGAUGAAGACACAGAUCUCCGACCUCCAGACCGAACGCGAUCAACUAGCUACUGAGAAGCAGGAACUGCAAACCAAGGUCGAUGCUAUUCCCGGAGAGCUGCAGCAGAUCAAGGAAGACGCCGACAAGCAAUGGAAGGAGCAGAAGGCCAGAUUUGUCGAGCAGGCUAAGGCAAGAUCUCGCGAGCAGAGUGCCAAGAUUAGAGAAUUGGAGAAAGAGCUCGAAGGCAUCAAGGAGGAAAAGGAACAACUCGACCAGGAACUCGUUCAAGUCAAGGAACAGCUCGAGUCGACCAAGGAAGAGCUUGAGUCGACCAAGACUGCCAGAGACGAAGCUGUCGCCAACGCCGAGGCUGUGUCGCAACAAAACACGGCUCAGGCCCAAGCUGAGGAGGGUCAAAUCCAAGAAGAUGAGCAAGCAGAGUCAUCGGCGCAAGCGCUGGAGCAGUCCGAGGCAAGAGCAUCUGAAGAGGCUGCAAAGGCUGCCAGUCUGGCUGCUCAGGUUGAGUCUCUGCAGGUCAGGAUUUCUGAGCUUGAGGGUCAAGUGAACGACCUCCAGCAGCAGCUCGAGACGAGUGCAGCCAGCCUUACAGAGCUGCGAAACCAAGAAUUGCCGACUCAGGAAACCGCCCCUCAGACUAGUGACAACACUGAGCAUUUGGACAAGCUGAGACAAGAGCUGGCCACUGCACAAGAGGAAGUGGAAUCGCUCAAGGCCGCUGCGACUAACACUGUCCCUCAAGAGCCGGUCACACAACCUUCGGAUGCCGCGACUACUGAGACCAAGACUGUUGCAGAACAAGUCGAAAUGCAGGUCGCCCAGCUUCGAGCCCAACUUGAGGAGCAGCACAAUCUCAGUCAAGAGCAGCUCGAGACUCUCUACAACAACCGAACCAAUCUUAUGAAGCAGAAGCUCAACCAGAAGCUCAGGGAAGACAAGGAGAAGUUCAAGGAAGAAGGCCGCCAAGAAGCUUUGAUCAAGCACAGUGAAGAGCUGCAGAAGCUUCGCCAGGAGCAUGAGGCUGCUGUUGCACAGCUUCAGGAAGAGCACCGUCUUGAGGUUGAGCGUCUUACUAAGGAAGGUCAAUCUGCAGUAAGCCAGGCCCAAGCAAAGUUGCAACCUGCAGCUUCUUCAGACGAGAAGCCCAGUCAGCCUUCUGCAGACACCGUUGCAGCCAUGACUCCAGUCCAGGCUCCGAUAUCUGACCUGGACCUAUCAGAGCUGACCUUCACCGAUGAGCAAGCUCGUACUCUGGUUGGUAAGAACACUGUUAUUAGAAGUAUCGUGACAAGAAACAUCCAGAGCAAGAUCGCUCAGGAGACCGCCAAACUCAAGCAAGAACAUGAGAAGGUCUUGCAAGAAAAGGCAGAAGAGGCGCAGAAGGACAGAGAACAGGCCCUUCAAGCUAAGGUCGAAGAAGCCAAGAAGGAAAGAGAACAAGCGUUGGCGAAGGCCGUCAACAUGGAGACCAUCAAGCAGAAGGCCAAACUCGGAAUGGCAGAGGGUCAGACAAGAGCCGCCAAGGCAAAGUUGGACGUCGUCGAGAAAGCGGCAAGCGAAACGCCACAGCGACCAGUGGUCGAAGUGUGGGAGGUCGCCAAGAUUGCCAGACCUGCUCCCGCAGUAUCUCCUCAGGUCAACAAACCAGCACAAUCUCCUAUGAGCUCUCCUUUCAAGGCUACCGGUCCUGGGCUUCCACAAUCACCAGGCAUGCCACCUCCCCAAGCUCCUCAGCCCAUCCAAUCGACACCCGACAGUCAAGCGCCACAAGACAAGAUGCAAGCAAGGAUGCAGAAGUUUGGAGCUCAAACUCAGCAAGCACAGCUGGGCACUUCCUUUGGCCAGCCAAGUUUCGUACCCAACCAGGCUGCCCUGGAAAGUCAACCACAGACAGUCGCUCCUCAAGCGACUAACAACGCUCCGGUACAGCCUCAGUCCGCAACCAACACGCCACCCCAGACUCCCGGGGCUCCUCUACGACAGCCCGGUCAGCAAGCUGCUGGACCUGGCCCCGUUCGUGUUCCCUCAAUAAGUGGCAUUCCAUCAGGCAUUCCUACCGGCAUCCCAAGAGGUGGUGGAAGCAUGCUACCCCGUGGUGGCGGUGCAUUCCGUGGUAGAGGUGGUUUGGUACAACCCGGGACCCAAAAUGCACAAGGUCAAGGCAUCAGCGUUCAAGGUGCUGCUGGACAAGGUCAGCGUGGAGGGCUUCCUCGUGGUGGGGGUAUCGGCAGAGGUAGAGGGGGAGGCAGAGGUGGAAUGAACCCUGGAGCACAACAGUUUGCGCCUGGUACACCGGGUGUGCAGGGCAACAAACGCCCACAUGAGGGUGGUGACGAGGGUGCAGGCAAGAGGAUGAGAGGUGGAGCUGGGGGCGGCGCAUAGAAAGUGCACCCUCAAGAGCCCGCUCAGAAAUAAUGCAUGAGGGCGGAUAUGUUUGCU